AUGUCGCAAUCUCCCCAUAAAUGGCAUCAAGAAUCUAUUGAUUCUCAAAAAUCGAAGAUGGAGAAAACUGUUCCAAUUUGCCCACUUCCGUAAGAUGUUGCAACUCUCACCUUACCCAAUGGCAAAACUGUUCAGCUACCAGUUUACAAAGGGACUAAAGGUCCUCCAAUGAUCGAUAUUACCUAGUUAUAUUCGAAGACAGGAUAUUUUACUUUGGAUCCUGGAUUCUCAUCAACUGGAGCAUGCAUGUCGACCAUGACCUACAUAGAUGGAGAUAAGGGAGAAUUAUUAUAUAGGGGUUAUCCAAUAGAGACUUUGGCCAAAUACUCCUCUUACAUAGAAGUGUGCUAUUUAUUCAUAUACGGACAUCUACCAUCUUAAAAGGAAUUAUAAUUAUUUGAAGAGACUAUGGUGAGUGAGAUGAUGAUAAAUGAGAAACUGAUUGAGUUUUACAAAGGGUUUGCAUCUGAUAGUCAUCCAAUGGCAAUUAUGGUGGGUGUAGUUGGUGCUUUGAGUGCUUUUAUGCACAAGGAUUUCGAUGUCAAUGACCCAAGGGAUAGAGAAUACAUCGCCAUCAAAUUAGUAGCCAAAAUGCCAACUCUGGCAGCCUACGCAUACAGAACAGCUUUGGGAUUACCUAUUAUAUAUCCAAAUAAAAAGUACUCUUUCAUUGAGAAUUUCUUAUAUAUGAUGUUCUCAACUCCAAUGAAUGACUUUAAUGUUGAUAAAGUGAUUGUUAAAGCAUUGGAUACUAUCUUUAUGUUGCAUGCAGAUCAUGAAUAAAAUGCAUCCACUUCCACUGUCAGAAUAGCUGGGUCUUCUUUGGCAAAUCCAUUUGCAUGCAUUGCUGCAGGAAUUACAGCCUUAUGGGGACCAUAUCACGGAGGUGCUAAUGAAGCAGUGUUGAAUAUGCUCAAGGAAAUUGGAAAUAAGGAAAAUAUACCUAAAUAUCUUCAGAAGGCUAAAUCUAAAGACAACUCUUUUAGAUUGAUGGGGUUCGGACAUAGAGUUUAUAAGAAUUACGAUCCUAGAGCAAAAGUUAUGUAGGAAAUGUGUUACAAUGUCUUAGAAAAAACCAAGAGGGCCAAUGAUAUUCUAGAGUUGGCAAUUUAACUAGAAUAAACAGCCUUGAAAGAUGACUAUUUCAUUUAAAGGAAAUUGUAUCCAAAUGUUGAUUUCUAUACAGGAAUUGUCUAUGAAGCCUUAAGCAUCCCAACUUCAAUGUUUACUGUGAUGUUUGCAGUGUAAAGAAGUAUUGGAUGGAUUUGUCAAUGGAUGGAGAUGAUGUCAGAAAAAGUUUAAAGAAUUAGUAGACCAAGAUAAUUAUAUGUUGGGGAGGACCAGAGAGAAUAUAUUCCUAUUAAGGAUAGAAAAGAAGAAGAAAAGAGUAGAGUCUGUAAGUUACCUAUGCACAGCAGCUUAUUUGGUCUUGUUAAAGUGUGA